UAGCUCCCACGAUUAUAACAAUACUUGCGGCUUCUUCAGCCUAUGGUUUACGUUAUGUACCACUUUCUCGGUCCUCAGUUCUCACCUUUAUAAACGCAACGCUCCACGAAAGCCUCCAAACACAUUAAUAUUUCAGAGCUAAAGAUAAUAUACAAUUUUAAAACUUAAAAGAGAUAUAUAAAAAAGAUGAACGCCGGAAAGAAAGCUUCGUGGACGGUGGCGACUGUGAUCGCAGUGGUGGAAGUGCUCAAGGACCAAGGCGUUGCUCGCUGGAACUACCCUCUCCGUUUACUCCACAAAAACGCAGUGGCUCACGUCCGUACCAUCAUUAUCCCAUCUCGCUCCUCUCCUCCUCCUCCUCCUGCGUCUUCUUCUUCGUCGGCUGAUGUAAUCAGAUCCAAACAGCACAGGACCAAGUCCUUUGAGAAAGCUAUGGGGCUUAGCUGCUUUGGUCCCACCACCGUUAGAUUUUAAAUCUUCUAAUUCCUAUUGUAUUCUUGUAUUCAUGUUCCUAUUCGAAUGUGCGUCACUAUA